AUGAACCUCUCCUUCAGCGCGGGUAACCCAGCGGAUGAUGCACAUCUACAGCGGUGCUGGAGGAUUCAGAACUGCAAGGACUGUCUGAAGAAGGAGCCGGACUGCAGUUGGUGUCCAUUUUCCUGGACAUGCGUCCCCAAUUCGAACCGGAUCCAAUUACUCGCGCCGGCAUGGGACGAGAACGUAUGUCCGCAUUGGGCUGAGCGGUGGGAAAUUCGCGCUCGGCCGCUCGGCUGUCAGGUCUCGACCAUUACCACGCUAACUUCGCUUGUUUCUAUUGCAUCAACGCUCAUCUUCGUGGUGGUCGUCACAUUGGUGGUAUCUGGGUUCCGGAGGCUUAGGGGAUAUAGUAAGAAGAACCCGGGCUGGUGGAAAAUAUGGAAAUAUGAUUGGAGGGGUUGGAACGGACUUCGGCAACAGUGGCUUCGCGUGAGGAUUGGUGAUCAAAUCGGUACAGGAGCUUGGGAAUCAAGUCGCGAGCAGGAGCCAUUGCUACCGUCCUGA